CGGUGUUCAUGAAUCAUGAUAUCCAUAUAUACAUAGAUACAGAUCACCAGAUUAACACAAAUCAAAAAGAAAGAAAAAUGGAUGGGAUUAUGCAAAUGGGCCUUCCAGUUCUGGGAAUUGUAGCAGCAGCUGCCGUUACAUUCUAUGCAGUGAGUUUUUAUGAGAUCAGAGAGAAAUCUUUUAGAGAUUUAGAUGAUGAAGAAGAUGAAAAUGGAGGGUUCAAACCAUCUUUCAGCUCUAGGGAAAGGAGGGCCAGAAGAAAAGCUAAUAAACAAGCUAAAAGUUGACAAACUGGAAGGACUUUUUUUCUAGGUGCUUUUAGUUUUUCACUUGCUUUCUUGCAUAUCUUAGCCUCUGUUAGCAAAAUGCUUUUCCUUUUGCCGUAUCAUAUAAUAAAUUAUAGUUUCAGUGGCAGCGACUUUUGGAUUAGCUCUGAAAGGCAAUCUUGAAAUCCUUCUUUCUGGGCAACAGGGUGUUUUUAAUUUCUUGUCUUUUUAACAACAUCAAAUGAAAUGAAUGAGUAGGCAGAGAGAAAAUAGAUUCAGUUGAAA